CUACUAAGGGGAAGUGACUCCCGAUUCCUUUUUAAUUCACCUCGAACACGCACUUUAAAGAAAAAUCUAAAUAAAUGAAGUCUGCAGUAUUAAGAAUGGCUGAUCUGGAAGUUGGACAAGCUUUAAAGACAGUAUAUCAACGGAUGGAACAAGGGUUCUUGCGACGCCCUCCGAAUUCAUCUAAAAUUCCUCCACGCCUUGUUGCUGUUAGUAAAACUAAACCAGUUGAAAUGAUCAUCAGUGCUUACAAUAAUGGACAGUUGCACUUUGGGGAAAAUUAUAUUCAGGAGAUAGAAGCAAAAGGAAACCAUCCUGAUAUUGUAGCUCAAUGUGAAAAUAUCAAAUGGCAUUUCAUUGGCAACCUGCAGCGUAACAAAAUAAAUAAAUUACUUAAUACUCCAAAUUUAUUUAUGGUUGAAUCCGUAAACUCCAUAAAAUUAGCAAAUUCUUUGGACCAGUCCUGCAGCAAAUACCAAUCCCUUGUGCCUCUCCGUGUGAUGGUUCAAAUAAAUACAAGUGCGGAGGAAAGUAAAAGUGGUUGUCAUCCAAAUGAGGUUAAAGACAUUGUGGAAUUUGUCAUUAACCAGUGUCCCAACUUGAAGUUCUGUGGCUUGAUGACAAUUGGUUCAUUCAAUCAUGAUCUCAGUAAAGGCCCAAACCCAGAUUUCCAGAUUGAAUCAGGAAGCAGUAAUGUUCGUGUGGGUAGUCUCAUUUUUGGUGCUCGUUCAUAUCCUGCAAAAGCUCAAGGAGACAACCAUCUCACAAAUAGUGACGAGAAAUCAAAAUGAUAAACCUUAACUCAAGAAGUAUUCUUUAUUAAACUGUAUGACUUAGAACUUUCCAUUUGACUAAAGUAGGCAACAAGAAUCAUUUUGAAAUUCCUUAAAGAGAUUUAUACAGCAUUCUAGUCUAGGACAACAUCUACAAGUAAACUGAACCAUAUGAAACAUGUUAUAUUUAACUGUUUGGCAUUCAGAUUACUCUAAUACAUGUCAAGUUGAUUUAUUCACAUUAUUUUGAAUUAAUUAUGCUUUGAGAUUUCAAUAAUGCAAUUGUUUAUUUUUAGAAUGACAUUGUUGUGUAGGUACAAGAAGCUAAGAUCUAGCUGGUUUUAACAUAAAACAGAUUGGAUAUUUUGGCUGAAUAUGUCCAGGUUAAAUGCUAAAGGGUCAAAAAUAAAAACUAGAAAAAAUAUUGCUGUUGACUCUUUGGAAAAAAAAAUGUUUCCAUCAAGAAAUGUUUAAUGACGUUGACGAAAAUAAAACAAAGGAUUUAAUUUUUUUAAA